GCGUGCAGUAUGGCCCGGAACUGGCGCGACCACACGGCGAACCAUGAGGAUCCGAACAGAACAUUCAAAGCUGAAUUAACAGUUAGAGAUCCGAAAUGACUGCGCUAAAAACGAGGGGUCCCCCCACUGUAACCGAUAGAGAUAAAGAUGAGCAGGUUGAAAGUCAUGCUGUCGUCAAGCCACAUUUGGGUUACCUUAACUUGUAUUCGUGCUGCUGAUCAGAUCUGAAGCAUAAUGGGAAGGAUGGAUUAUUUGGCUCUGAAAACUGAUCCGGCCACCGCGGAUUUGAUCGGAUCUGAUCUCAAUGAGCUAAAGAUUGCCGCUAAGAGGCUUAUCACUCAUGCCGCCAAACUUGGUGGCCUCAGCUUUGGGACUUCUUUUCUUAAAUGGGUCGCUUCCUUCGCUGCAAUUUAUUUGUUGAUAUUGGACCGAACCAACUGGAGGACGAACAUGCUUACUGGACUUCUAGUCCCUUACAUUUUCUUUAGCUUUCCUUCAGUACUGUUCAAUUUUUUUAGAGGAGAGGUAGGGAAAUGGAUUGCUUUCAUCGCAGUUGUACUAAGGCUUUUCUUCCCACGACAUUUCCCAGAUUGGCUGGAGAUGCCAGGAUCUCUGAUUCUCCUUCUGGUUGUGGCUCCAAGCUUCUUUGCAGACACCUUGAGGGACAGUUGGGUUGGUAUCGCGAUAUGCCUUAUCAUUGGCUGUUACCUAUUGCAAGAGCACAUCCGGGCAUCUGGGGGAUUCAGAAAUUCUUUUACACAAACCCAUGGAAUAUCCAACACUGUUGGCAUUAUCGCUCUGUUAGUGUACCCCAUAUGGGCGCUGGUCGUCUACUUCAUUUAGGCACUGAAUCAUGACAGUUAUGAUUUAAGGUCUGUUUGGGAUUGCGUUAAGAAGUUUUAAGAAAGUAUUUUUAGUAUAUGGAAAUCUGUGUAUUUGUUCUGCAACUUUGAGCAAGCAUUGUAUUCUCAGCAUUUUUAUGUAAGACCCCCAUAAAGAAUAUGAUGAGUGGCAACCAUUGUUUCCUA